CCUACUUUUUUUUCCUGGGUCCUCCUCCUCCCGGACAACAGUGAAAAUAAGAAACCAAACUGGUAUCUGCACACGGUCAUUGAUCCCUCAAAAGUCUGCACACUGCUUUGCCUGCAAGUCUUCAAAGCCCCCCAGGCCCCAGCUCGACGCUCGCUACCCUACCCCGCAAGGCCGCAACCCCGAGCAGAGUCCCAAGCCCAAGAAACCAACCCCCGACGCGCGCGAGACGGCGAGAGAGGGAGAGAUAGGUGUGCGGCAGUAAUAUAGUGGGUUUGCUCUUUGAUUGGCCGCGGCUAAGCACCAAACCUUGGGGAAAUGGAGCUGCUCAGUGGUGCAGUGGCGCAGCGGGAGCUUGGGGAAGCGGAAGCUUGCGAGCAGCCAGAGCACUAGCCAUUACCCAGCGCUACCAUACACUGACAUAUCUAUCGAUCUGAUCGGGCUGCUGCUGAGUGCAGUGUGUGUACAAAAGGCCCUGAAGGCGGUAAGACCGAGCUGCACCUGCACUAGAGGUGAAGGGGUGUGAGGGAGAAGAAAAGCGAGUAGCCCGUGAGCUGCUGCGGUGCGAGGGAGCCCAGGGUUUCGUCUCGUCUGGCCCUCUUCUCUUGGCGCGGCCAUGGACGCCUACGAGGCCACCAAGGUGGUGUUCUCCCGGAUCCAAGCCCUAGACCCGGACCACGCCGCCAAGAUCAUGGGCCUCCUCCUCAUCCAGGACCAUGGCGAGAAGGAGAUGAUCCGCCUCGCCUUCGGCCCCGAGUCUCUGCUCCACGCUGUCAUGGCCAAGGCGCGCAAGGACCUCGGCCUGCUCCUCCCGGCCUCGCCGACCUCCGUUGCGGCCGCCGGCCACGCGCCGUUCCUGCAGCUCCCACGCCAGAACUCCGGGCGCGCGGGCGCGCCGUCGCCGCUCUCGGUGUCCUCGCCGUCGUCAUGGAGCCACGCGCCCGUGUUCUCCAGGAGCAACAGCACGAGUAAUGGCACCGCGGAGGAGGCGGCGGGGGCUGGGGAGGAGCUGCCCAGUCCCGUGAACGGCGGCGCGGCGCCGUUCUUUCCUCGUCAGGCCGGCGACGCGCUCCUGGACGACUUGCAGCUGCAGGAGCAGCUCGCGUUCCUCAACGAGGGCGGCGGGAACCCGGCCCACCAGCUCCUGGGGUUCGACGGCGGGGAGUGCCGGAGCCCCGGUCCCGGUGAUGCCGAUGGGAUGUUCGCGUUCGGCCUCGGGUGGCACAACGGGGGCCCAGCGCACCGUAGGAGUUCGUCAGUCAACGAGCUCUGCCUUGGCGGCGGCGGCGGCGGCGGCGAUGGUUUCGGUUGGAAGCCCUGCCUCUACUACGCGCGCGGGUUCUGCAAGAACGGCGGCAGCUGCAGGUUCGUCCACGGCGGCCUCUCCGACGACGCUGCUGCGCUCGCUGGCGCCAAGAUGGAGGCAGCCGCCGAUCAGCAGCAGCAGUGCCAGGACUUCCUCAUCCGCUCCAAGGGCCAGCGCCUCGGCCCCGCCGCCUUCCCCUACUCCCCCACCGGCUCCCUCCCAGGCUCGCCCUCCGCCGCUAGCAAGUGCCUCAGCUUCCUGCUGCAGCAACAGCAGCAGCAGCACGACAGAGCCGCGGCGGCCGCGUCUCUGAUGCUGGGCGGCGGCGACGAGGCGCACAAGUUCAUGGCCCGGCCGCGCCUGGACCGUGCCGACUUCGCUAGCAUGAUGAACCCCGGCUCGCGCCAGAUUUAUCUGACCUUCCCGGCCGACAGCACGUUCCGCGAGGAGGACGUCUCCAACUAUUUCAGCAUCUACGGUCCAGUUCACGACGUGCGCAUCCCCUACCAGCAGAAGCGCAUGUUCGGGUUCGUCACCUUCGUCUACCCAGAGACGGUGAAGCUCAUCCUGGCCAAGGGCAACCCGCACUUCAUCUGCGACGCACGCGUGCUCGUCAAGCCGUAUAAGGAGAAGGGCAAGGUCCCCGACAAGUACAGGAAGCAGCAGCAAGGGGACUUCUCCGGCUGCACGACGCCCACUGGCGGGCUGGACGCCCGAGAUCCCUUUGAUCUGCACCAACUCGGCGCGAGGAUGCUGCAACAUUCGAACAGCGCCAACGAGCUGCUGUUGCGCCGGAAGCUGGAGGAGCAGCAGCAGGCUGCCGAACUGCAGCACGCCAUUGAGCUCCAGAGCCGCCGCCUCAUGGGUCUCCAGCUGCUCGACCUCAAGGCUCGCGCAGCUGCGACAGCAUCGGCACUGCCAACACCAAUUGCCAAUGCCUUCGCGUCCAGCCAUCCUUUGAGCACCAUGGCAGUCGAGUCGCCACUAGAGUCUGGAGAGCAGCUCAAGCUGAGCAGUGGGUUUGCUCUGGAUGGGAAGCUCAACGGUGGCGACAAGGAAGAAUCUGCUUGCGAGGCGAGCCCUGACGCCGCUGAUAGCGACCAAAGUGGAGAGCACAACUUGCCGGACAGCCCAUUUGCGUCCCCUACCAAGUCUGCCGCGCUCGUGCACGACAGUUUCGCCGCCACGGAGCCUGAGAACACCGCGUCCUGUGUUGGGAGCAAGAUCGACGGCGGCAGUAACCAUCUCCGCCCCCCUGCGCUGGAAAUCCCUUCGCCCAGCUCCUACUUCUUCCCCAUGCGCAGGCUGUCCUCCGAUCACGGAGCCAUGGGGAUGUAAAGUUCAGCAUUGGAAGCGAGUGAUACCCCAGCCUAAUCAUAGAAUACUAGAAGCCAAGGAAAAGUGAUGUUGGAUAUAUAGGAGAAAAAAAAGAGAGUUGAGUGUCAGCAUAGUGUUAGCUCCCACUUUCUUUUGUUCUUUUAGUCCCUACCUUUUUAGUGGAUAGUUCUACUAAACCACAAGAGGAGAAGAUGCCAUUAGCCUUGAUUAAGAAAACGGCGGCAUAUGCAAUAUUAUCGCCAGAUAUAAGUAUAUAUAUAUUAUAUAUACAAAUAAUCCCCUAGUUUCUAGUAUAUAUAUAGUAUCUGUACUUAGUAUUUAACAGUAGCAGGUAACGUCAGCCCAAAGAUUUUUACUGUGACAAGGUCCUACAACUACAGCCACCUCCACUAGGUUUACCAAAUGUGAGGUUAAUCCACAGUUCUGGUACCAGCCACAGCGACAGCCACAGGUCACAUGUAAUACCAGUACAGCUACAGCCUGACGCGGACAUUUGUAUGCUAGGGCGGCCCAGUGACAGGAAAAAGAGCACAUGGCCAUGGCAGUUGUCUGUAAGCUAUUUUUACUGCUACUGCUGCAAGAUCCCAAGCUGGGUCCUCCUAUGGAUAGAGAGAAAGAGACGUGUGUGCGUGUGUUUUGCUUGUGGCCUUGUAUGGCUUUGACACCUACUGCAAAAUACUACUGUUAUAUGAUUAUAUGUUAUUGUUGUGCCUUUGUUCCCA